UCGCUUGUGACUUAUUGGCUUUAUACCAAAUCAAGCAAUAAUAAUCCAAACAGAAAAGUGUUGGAUCAUGUGCCGUGGUUAAGCUAGCUGCCCAAUCACAGUAACAGAAACCGUACGGAAAAACUAUGCCGAAGCGUGAAUAUUUAUCGGAUACUGUGUUUGUGCAAUAAAAAAAAUAGUUGCGGAAGAAGAAGAGAGGACACAGGGCUCUUCGCCGAAGCGAGCUGGCCUGGACCAUGACACUUACGAAGCAGGUGCCAAAAAGCCUGAAAAAACGAAACUGCAAAACGAGAGAAGCGCCGACGGCGAUACAAAUACCCUUGAAAAAUAGAGUAGAGUACGAGGAAGCCGCAAUACUGCAGGGGAUUCCAGCCGUCAGAAUGUCAAAGGAUUCGAAAGUGCUGGCGCGUGCUGUGCUUCGACGUCAAGAAACGGAAAAACAACAGCAUCAGAAGCAGAGUCAGCUAGAGAGGGAUGAAAAAAAGGAGUCUUUUGAAAUAACCGAAACGAAAUUUGAUCGCAAACCGUCGCUUCGGCGCAAGUUUGGUGCGCUGUUAAGGGGGAGCGCCGACUUACCGGCAGCUAUCAAUCGCGGCCUCCGUCCAAUCCGGCGGAGCAUGAGCUUCGGCAAGGACCUGGAUGAACCUCAACGAGAGCAGCAGCAGCAGCAGCAGCAGCAGCAGCAGCAUCAUCAGCAACAGCAGCAGCAACAACAACAGCAACAACAUCAGCAGCAUAAUGAUAAGGAGCAGCAACAUCCAAAUAAGUAUCAAUCGCCGCAACAACUACUUCAACCACCGUCUGGCUUCAAACCAUUUAGAACCAGAUCCGUGCAGUGGUACAAUAGUCUCGGAUCACUCGCGGAAAAUGAGGCAGAAGAUGGAAAAACUUGUACACAAGGUUUCAUUGCGUCAGAAGAGCAAAUUUAUUACGAGGACAAAGCUGUCUCUAGAACUCACAGCUUUGCGACCAAGAGUACCGAGGCAAUUCUCAAAAGAAGAGCACAUAUUAUAAAUCCUGCACCGUAUGGUCGACACAGUGAUCAUUAUGACUUUUCAAUUGAUUUGAGCAAACCUCCGUGUGAAGCCAGUAGUCUACCAGUUUUAACACGCGACCGAAUUGACAUUGAGGAUGUCGAAUCUAGAAAAAGAAAUAUCUCUUUCCAUUUUUAUAUGUUAAGGAUCAUGGAAUCAUAG